UUGAAAUGUUUUGCCUUAUGUUUUGGUUUUGAUUGUCCCUUUCCAAAUCAAUCACCUAUCUUCAGUAUCUGCACGUAAACGUCGCGUGUUUAACUUCUAAUAGUAAUUCCUGGACGAGUGGGGGUCCUUUCCAAAGAAAGGUGAACGUGAUAAAUUGCAGAAAGCUUGUGUGGUCCUGGAUAGUCCAUAAGCAUGGAAUGUAAUCCGCUGCUAUUCAAAUCAAAGUUGCAAGAAGAUGAAGUUCAUUUGCAGCAGUUAUUGGAGUAUGAAGAACAAGUGUGCCAAUGCCAGACCCUGAGACUGCAGGUAGAAGAUCUCCAGAAGAGACUUGAGGAGAAGGACAACAAACUCACUGAGGCGAACAAGCAGAUCAGUGCACUGAUUGAUGAGGUGCAGACACUGCAGCAACAGCUGGAGCAGCACAGACGGAAGUACAGAGAUGACGACACAAUUGGACAGAGACGUCAGCAAGGUCGGCGUGCAAGAGGAAAUGACAUCACUGCAUUGGGUUGUGAGAUCCCACCAAACGUCUUCCUGUCCUGCACGUCUGGAGAUGACCCAACAGACACGCCGACAUCACCACAGGAACCGGAGGACGACUCAGCAGAUUUUCCAGCGUCUCCUGCUGCUGAGGAUGAUGAUGAUGACGAUGAUGAUGCACUGACAUCACCACAGCAACUGAAACUGCCUCUGCUGUCAGUGAAGCUACAAGACUGCCGUGAAAUGCUGGGGCCUAAUGGAGUUUUUAUUGUCCAACCGGUAGAGGACGACGAUCAGGACGACGACAGUGACUUUGACCCAACAGAUCCUAGCUUUGAGGAGCCUGAACCUGCAAGGGAUCAGACGAAGCUGAAGACAGGAGUCAUGAGAGUCAAGAAAGCGAAGGCCAAAAAGUAUCACAAACGUUACGUGUGCACAGAAUGCGGAAAGACAUUUUCAUUUCCAAGCCAACUGGCUCGUCACCAACAAGGCAAAACAAAAAAACCUAUUACUGAUACUGCUGCUGUUGCUGCAUGUGAAAUUGCAUCCACUGAAUCUACACACGAAAGUCAGUCAACCGACUCGCCCAACGCUGACACUGACGUCUGUGGGAAGAUCAAAGUUCAAGAAAGACUGCACACAAGUGAAAUGCCUUACACCUGCAAAGUUUGCGACAAAACUUUCAAGCUGUUAUGUGGACUCAUCCAACACAAGAAACAGCAUUCACAGGUGACCAGUGAAAAGCCCAUCAAAGAAAAAAAGGACAGAGUGCACAAGUGCUCCGUUUGCGCCAAGGAAUUCUCCCGUUCAUCACACUUAAAAAGACAUCUUAGAACAGUACAUUCAAUAGAUGAAGCCUUCUCUUGUGGCCAGUGCCCUAAGGAAUUCUCCAGUUCAUCGUGCUUAAAAAAACAUUUCAGAACAGUACAUUCAGGAGAGAAACUCUUCCUUUGUAGCCACUGCCCCAAGAGUUUCCCAAAACCUUCCAGUCUGAAAGCUCACGAAGCCCUCCAUUCGGAUGCGAGACCUUUUGAGUGUCCGGUGUGUGGAAAGGCAUUCAAAACAAAAUAUAUCCUUAAAAAUCACGAGACGACGCACACUGGACUGAGGCCAAUUGUCUGCACGUACUGCAACAGGACUUUCAGACUUAAAAAGCAGCUUCUUUAUCACGUAAGAAGACACACGGGAGAGAAGCCCCACAAGUGUUCGCUCUGCGACGCCUGUUUUGUCAGUUUGGCUGAUCUCAAAGAUCAUCUACGUCGACACACCGGCGAGAGGCCUUACCUCUGUGCCAUUUGUGGGAAGAGCUUCAGUUACGCUCACAUUCUGAGGACCCACCAGAUCGUUCACACUGGAGAGAAACGCUACCAGUGCACCGUCUGUGGAGAGAAAUUUGCCUACCUGCAGCCCUUGUAUGAUCAUGAGAAGAAGAUGCACAAUAUUGUUCCCUACCCGUGUCAAGUUUGUGGGAAGAGUUUUAAAUCAGAUCGAGGAUUAAAAGGGCAUGGCUGUUUUCAAGGUCAGAAUAGCACUCAAUUAAAUAACAACAAGGAGGUUCAAGCAGCAAAGUACUUUUCGGGGGUGGAAGCAGAAAGUAGCUCAAAACAUUGAGGAGGUUGAAGCUGCAAGGUACAUCCCAGACGUGGAGAUGUAUGAUGAAGACAUGAUACAGAAAGCCAAAUCAACCCGUCAUUAGCUUCAGAAAGAAUAAAAUUAAGGUUUUUGAGCAACCAUCUCACUCUCCUGAUCUCAACAUCAUUGAGCCACUCAGGGGAAACCUCAAAUGUGAGGUUCCAGCAAGACACCCAAAGACAUUAUAGGAAACAUUCAGGAAGAAUGUGCUGUUUUGUUAUCUGAGAACAUUAAGAGCUUUAUCCACAACUACCACAAACCAUUUAGAGCGGUCCCUGAUGUUAAACAGGGCCAUAUUCAGCAUCAGAAACUAGGGUAUGUUAACUUUUGAACAGGGUCAUUUGGGUAGUUUGGGUUGUGAUCAUGCUUUUGAAAGAGUAAACACAGAAGGUUGCUAAUAAAUAUCUUAAGCCAGUCACUAGCAAUGAGUGAAAAAAAAGGUUUUGUGUAAUCCUUCAUAUUUUGUGAGAAAUCGCCAAGAAAGCGUAUAUUCUGCUGGGGUAUGUAAACAUAUGAGCACCACUGUAUAUCGGUUCGGAAAUGGGAGGCACAGUACGAUACCGCUAGGCUAAAGGACCAGUCCCUCAGCCCAACUGCAUCGACACUGUAUGAGGCUAUCGUGAGGAAGGUUCCACGCCAACUCUCUGCUAAUUAGCCUCCGCUAAACUGCCAGACGUUUUUUUGUUGAAAUUACAACUGUACAAUUGUAACUACAAUGUUUGUUACAGACAAACAUGCAAAAACGAUUGUGAACGGAUUUUGAUUAAAUUUUGUUUAGCUGUUGGAAAUGACAAAAGGAACAAGUGAUUACAUUUUGGGGGUGAUCUGCAUCACAAUCUGGAUCCAGGAAUUAAAAAAAAUAUAUUCUUCACCAUUGCCGGAAGAUUUGAAAGAAUUGGGGUGUAACAUAGAACAUUUGACUAUCACCCAGCUUCCUUGGUGGAGGUCUGCACUUUUCUAGUUCUUUUAUAUCAUCGUUUUGCUAGGCCUAUAUUAUUUUCAUUGGUAUAUUAUUACAUUAUUAAUAUGAAUAUGAAUUAAUAUGAAUGUUAAAUUCUUUUUUUCACUUUUUCCUACUGAAGUUUUAAUUUGAUAUUUUACAGG